AUGGAUCGCCAAGGUCGCAUACCAUCCACCAUUGGAAAUCUAUCAAAUCUGCGUUACAUAUGGCUCAAGUCCAACAAGUUAAAUGGUCUAAUACCAUCCACCAUUGGAUAUCUAUCAAAUAUACAGAACUUAGAUCUCUCUUUCAACAAAUUAAAUGGUUUCAUACCAUUUACCGUUGGAAAUCUAUCAAAUCUGCGUUACUUAUGGCUUAAUUCCAACAAAUUAAAUGGUCCAAUACCAUCCACCAUUGGAAAUCUAUCAAAUAUGGAGUCCCUAGAUCUCUCUUUCAACGUAUUAAAUG